GGGCAAGGGGGCAGCAGGGCUCCAUUCUGGUAUGGGGUGGCUGUUGCCCCUCCUGGAAGAAUAACAAAGCCUGGGAGUCCCCUGUUUUUUGGGGACAUCCCGGCUCUGUGUGUGUGGUGAGGAGUAAUUAGAAAUGGGGUGGGGGAUAGAUUGUGAAAACGCCCCCACCCGGGGUAAUUGCUGGGGGCAGCAUGGAGCCAGCUGGGAGAGGGGCAGCUAACAGCCCCUUAGGGACUGGCUGCCCCUCACUCAAGUAUUUUCCCUCAUUCCAGACCCGCCGCCCACAGCGAUGUCGGCCCAGGUGAAGGAUAAAGAGGCUUUUCAAAGGCUCAGCUUCCUCUACCAGGCGGCUCACUGUGUCCUUGGCCAGAACCCCGAGAACCAGGAGCUGGCGCGAUUCUACUGCCACACGCAGCGCAGCAUCAGCCGCAGGCUCGUCCUGAGACAGGACCCGUCAGUGAAGAGAACCAUCUGCAAAUCCUGCUCCUCCCUCCUGGUCCCUGGCAUCAGCUCCACGGUGCGCCAGAGAAGGUGCCGCGGCCGGCGCUGGUCAGUCGUACGGUGUCUCUGCUGCGGCCAGACUAAGCGCUUCCCAAGCAACCCUGCGUACAAGCUGUGGGCGGAGCAGCCUGAGGCCCUGCUGGAGAACCAGCCCCAAACUGACCAGAAACCUGCAGCCCCCCAGGGUCCCCUGAAGGAGCCAUCAGCACAGAAGACUGAAACCCCCAGUGUGACCUCCAGUCUCCAGAGCCGCCCCACCCCGCGGGGGACUGCAGAAGCUGGGAGCCACAUGGAGAAAGGGGGCCCAAGCAGGAGGUGACCCCUGGGGAUGGCCGCAAGCAGGGGCCAGUGGCUUGGAGCCUGAUCCCAGCCAGGGGUGGUAAGGAGAGGCCUGGGGCAGGUUUUAGGAGACUCCGUUCGUAAGAGAGGUACCAAGACUGAUUCGUAAACAGGGAGGAAGAGGAACGACCCCCUCCAAACUAUCCACUCCUGGGGCACUGGCUGGCUCAGGGGGUGGGGAAUGGGAUACGGGGCCUUUCCCCUCUGUGGGGCACCAGCUCCCACCUGGCCCCAGGGCAGGGGACUGGCUGGCUCAGGGGGUGGGGAACAAGACAACGGCCUCUAGGGGGUGUCGGUUCUGAUUUGGUGGGUUUUUUUUGGGACCCUUGUUUAUUUAUAAACAUAAAAUCAAAUUGUA